GCUUCGAACUAGUAGACCUGGUUUUGAACACACAUUGUACUCAUUGCAGCGUUACAGUGUUGAGCUAAAACUGCACGGGCUAUAGACCUUUUGUCAUUGUACGUUAAAGUUAUAUGUUCAGACUUUUCUCGGAAUUUCUGUUGUCCUGUACACCAACAAACGAAGGGACUUCCUUCCAGCAGCGGCUGGGAUAGCGCUGGUUAACAUCAACGCACUCGACAAGUGAUUGUUCAGCUAAGUGAGACGGUCCUGUGGGGUCCAAAACCUUUUGUUGCUGCAAACAAUGAGCCGGUGUGUAACAUUUGAGCCAUAACCUUCUAUCAGUGCUUCAGGAUUUGUCGCAGUCGGACCAAAAACAGGGGUUUCACCUGCUUUUUGAACAGUCUGUCUUUAAAACUUGAAGAAUUUCGCGUGUAGGGGAUCCUUGUCUUUAGCCUGACGCUCAGCGUAUUUAGUAAUUUUGACUUCUUGUUUAUAUAUAUCACAUUAUAUUAUAUAUUCUAUAAAGUAUCAUCCACGCUGAAAAGAGUGAGAAAGCUAACUGAUAUCAUCGCAUGUGGUAAAUGGAAGCUGUGCAAUGAAAAAGGGUUUCCAGCCGGCGGACAUGUGGAUGGAGUUAGUCUCGGCGUCCGUAAGAAAUUUAUGGGAAAUCUGUUAAUCACUGUGAGCUUCCUGUUCUGACAGCACGAAAGAAGAAACUCGGAGUGCCUCUCCUCAGUGCCCCAAACCAGAUGAAUCUCAGGCGCCACUGGGCACAGCCAUGGAGACUGAAGCUGCAGAGGGUCGGUCAAAGGCCCACCCCUCACCCCACUCCCAGAUUUACUGGGGAUUUUUUUUUGGCAUAAUCCUAGUUUCAUUAGUGACUUGCUCCAUCAAUGUCAUUUACAUUUAAAGUAAUAAGGGGACAUUGUACUGUAGCAUUAAUCCCUUCAUCAACAUGAUGCAUGAUUUUCUUUUGUCGUAUCAAAUUAAAUGUGACCAGCUUUACAGAGACAUAGAUGUGCAUGUUAGUGAAGAAGUAAACUAAGGAGGAGCUAUAAUCCUUUGACUCUUACUGUUGUUUCUCAACAGAUAUGAACUCUGAGAUUAUGAUGUCUGAAGUAGUAAUCACCAAAGAGAUGGAGGAAGAGGAGAAACAAGCAAUGAUGGAAGGGGAAAGGAAAGAAAAGGAGAUGAUUGAAAAGGUUUGUUGACUGGCUUGUGCUUUACUUCUAUUUUCUAAAGAUCCUGAAUGGAUUCAUUGGCACCAACAGAUGCACCAAUGUAUCAGUGAAACAUCAGUAUCUGCACUUUUUGACAGACAUGUUGGUAGCGCAUGUGUAUCUGUAAUCCUAAAAUAUUGUUUUGCACAUGACAUGUAACAAUGUAUAAACUCUGUUUCCAUCCAUUAGUAGUAGCACCAUGUCAUAACCUGUUAAUGAAGUAAUCUGUCGCAUUAAGGAGUCAAAUAAGGAGGGUGGCAUAAAGCUAGAUGAAAUACACUUUGCUUACACUGCUGUCAGCAUGAACACAUCUGGAACGCACAUACGUUUAUUGAUAUUUAUUACCAAAUACAAGUGAAAAAACACAGAAAAGAGGAGCUAUUAUAGCUACACAGGUCAGUCAAAGAGAUAAAAAGGUAAUAAACAUGUAAAGCUCACUUCAUUCCUAUACAGGAAAUGAUCAACCAGGCAGUACCAAAAUGCACGCUGAUGAGGAAACAGUCCUUUACAUCACUGCACACUGGAUAACCCUCUCAUGAGGAAGAAUGCAUAAUUAUUCAUUGUACCAUUUCACAAUGCAGGUGGCUGCACACCAAGCCAAACAUAAUACUGAGCUGUUCAACCACUGGGUCUGAGACCAAGAAAAUGUUUUUUUGGAUCCAUUACUGUCCUAAAAAGUUCUCCAUCUCUGCUUGAACAGAGGCAUCAAAGUUAACGUCAGUGAAUAUGAAAUCAAUCGACAUUAACUGAAAUCAAUUUUAAGCACAGAGUCAGUGUUGUUUUCGUCAACCAUGACGUUGCCGAAAAUAUUUUCGUCAACGAAAAUAAAACUCCACGUGUGUGUGUGCGUGCCCGUGUGAGUGUGUCUGUGUGUUGGAGGAGCACAGCAGGCUGAUGAGAGCUGUCAGAGCGGACUGAAGCUGCUCCUAUAUGUUUAGCGUUUAACUGACUGAGUUUUGCAACUCUGUUCGUCAUUUUCGUCUCGUCCCAUCAACGUAAACGCACUUUCGUCUCGUCACAUUUUAGUCAUCUCCGACUUUUAGCUCGUCAACGUUACGUCUUCGUCGUGGAAGAAAAGGGAAAUAUUUUCGUCAAUGAAAACAACCAGUGUUGUUCUCGUUGACGAAAAUAUUUCCCUUUUUUGACGCUGGCGUUGAUGAAAAUAUUUGACGAAAUAUGAAGAAAACAUCACUGCACAGAGUUACUGUGACUGAGUUUGUGAUGCUUCUGUUUGGUUCUUGGGUUUUCAUCAUGUGAGAUCCAUUUAUUGCCCACUUGUUAAACGUAAUAGUAUACCAAAACAUUUGGCUAACUAUUUUUUUCGGUUAAAGAAUUAUAAUGGACAGACCUCAACCACUGAGAUCUGUGAAGGUCUUUUUAUUUGGCAUAAUGGAGCCAAAUAUUGUCCAGAACUGAUGUUCAGUUGCUGUAUUGGUGCGUUCCCUAGCAGGCCAAAACUUCCAUGUUUUUGUUUAGUUUGAACCAAAAUUGUAAAGGCUUUCCAACAAUAAACUUAAACAGCCUGGCUUUUUUUCUCUGUUCCUCAAUGUUAAAUCAUAUAAAAGGCUCGAGGGUCAUGGGAAAAAGAUUCUCAGGACAUGCGCUUCAAGAGGCUGCAGCAUUUGCUUCAAAAGAGCAACAUCUACUCCAAAUUCUUGCUGACCAAAAUGGAGCAACAGCAGAAUGAGGUGUGUGUUUGCAUGUAAAACUAACUUGCAGUGCGUUUGUGACUGUCUGAAUAACUACUGAAACCUCUCAUCAUGUUUUCAGGAGAAAGUCAGGAAGGAGAGACAUGAAAAGAAAGCUGAGAAGGUAUGGGAGGCUCCACUGAAAGAAGCUUAGCUUCGAACACUGCUCAGCUUUUUUAUACCUAUCUAUUUUUGUUUCAGAUGCAAAAAACUAACAGCAAAGAGUCUGAGAAAGGUGAGCAGAUUUUUAGUGUUUGCAUUGUUGUUUCAUAGUGUACACUGAACAGAUUUUAGUGAUUAGCUUUGAACCAAGAGUCAAAAGUUCUAGUUCAAAAUGUACUUAUGUAUGCAAAAUUCUGAGCAUGUUUCAUGUUGAUAAAGAUAAAAAGAAGAGAAGGCGGGAUGAUGACUACAGAAUUGCUGACGUGAUAUCAAAAGAAGUAAGCUCUUCUUCUCCUGCCUGCUGUACAGAUGUGUCAUUAAUUGAUCUGCUCGCAUUGAUUCUUGAUUUUGUCUUCCAGGAAAUUGUGUCCCAGGCUAAAAAGGCAAAAUUAGAGGACGAGGUAACGGUUUGUUUUGUUUCUGCUCUUUUCCACUGAAAGUAGUAUAUGAGGAUAUAUUUUAAUCACCCAGGUAGUGAAAUUAGGGGAAAUGGUUUAACUUGUUCCAGAGGGAAAAUGGGCCUAUAGUUAUUGAAUAUCACACAUGUAUUUGGUUUCAGGAUGCAGUUCCAUCUCAAAAGAAACUGGAGGCUGAGGACAUUGAGAGUAUGAGUGAUUCAAACCAAGACAUCAAGAACCGUCUAUCAGAGGUAGUGAGAGACAAAGCCAAGCAUCUCCUGCAUCCUAACAGGAAGGUGAAUGGCCAGCCAGUCCCCGCCCAGCAGCCACAGUACUUAACCGGAGGGAUCAUGAGGUGGUACCAGAUCGAAGGCAUCGAGUGGCUGAGGGUCAGUCAGGCUAUCUAACACUCCACUGUGGGACAUUAUUCAAUCGUCCCCCUUCCUCCACAUCAGUUGUUUUGAAGCUAGCUGAACAAACUUGAAUUCAUGUUACACUCUAGAACAGUGGUUCUUAACCAGGGUUCUAUCGAACCCUAGGGGUUCGGUGAGUCGGUCUCAGGGGUUCGGCGGAGCCAUCCAGUUGCGUGACUCACUUGAUGUUCCUUCCCACCACAGUCUGGAUUUCGGCCCAUAGAGAGCGUGUAUUCCCGAUCAGAAAAUAACCGGGCCAAUCAGAGACCGUGUUUCCACUGUUACCCGGACAACAGGGAAAGGCAGCCCCUGAUUGGUCCAUGUGUAGUAGCGACGUCUAACACAUGCUGCGGGACUUUUCAAAGCCCCGUUCAUUCAGAACGCCAUUAAUUCUGCAGUUGACUCUGCAAAGUCGGCAGAAAUCGUUUAUAUCCGACGUCUUCUGCGGAUCUAAACGAUUUCUGACGACUUUGCAGAGUCAACUGCGGAAUUAACGGCGUUCUGAAUACCUAUGUUUUGAAUUUGGAAAAAAAUCACAUUUGAUUUAUCACUAAAGAAGGGUUCGGUGAAUGUGCAUAUGAAACUGGUGGGUUCGGUACCUCAAACAGGGUUAAGAACCACUGCUCUAGAAACAGAAGUCAAGAAAGCUCACAUACCUGUCAUAAAGUCAUUCAUUUUCUGAGUCAGACCUAAAUCACUUGCUCUCUUUUUUAUAUGAUUUUAAGACAAGUGGUUAAAAAGUUGGCCCGGUAUAAUCUGUCUUGUUCCUUGUUCCUCGUAUCUAAUUUCUUCCUUAUUUCUAAUUUCUGAUUUCUAAAGGAACUAAUAUAGGGGGGAUAAAGGUACAAUUCAGAUAGCUCCCUGCAUGGGUACAUACUGUCUUUUGAAUGAUACUCUGUACAAUGUUUAGAGAUGCUCUGGGAUGUUCUUGUUUGACUCUGUAUCUGCUUUUUGCCCCCUUCAGUUUCACAUUCAGCUUAAGCUGCAAUGUUUAUUUGAGGCACAGCCCUAAAAUUAUGUCGAAUGACUGAAGGGAAUUUGCAAUAACAGAAAUAACAAUAUCUUCAUGAAAAUAAUUACCUUUGAUUAGAUUUAAAAGAAUAAGUAUAUAUUAUAUAACAUUCCCUCUAUACAACAUAUUUGUGUGCCUGUCCAUCUGAUUCUGGUGGUGGAAAUAAAUUCAUGCAUUCAUGGUCUUUGCUCUGUACCAUCACACAUAUUGUCACCACAUCACUGAUAUAGCCACAUGACGUUUUUUCUUCACCUCACAUUUAAACCUAUAUUUUUGCUGUCAUGAUACGGCAAAGCCUCGGUGUAGAGUGAUUUUAAAGCCAACUAUUCUGCUCUGUCUGUGCUGUCAGAUGCUGUGGGAGAACGGCAUCAAUGGGAUCCUAGCUGAUGAGAUGGGACUGGGCAAGACCAUCCAGUGCAUCGCCCACAUUGCCAUGAUGAUAGAGAAGAAAGUGAUGGGCCCUUUCCUAGUGGUGGCCCCUCUCUCGACUCUGCCCAACUGGAUCAAUGAAUUCAAACAUUUCUCCCCAGAGGUAGGAUGACAUGUUUGUGAGAACACAGCUUUUAUUUUAUGUUUUUGUUAAGGAGUGACAGGAAGUGGGGAGUGAUGUGCAGCGAAGGCUCAAUGGAUAGGAAUCAAAGCAGCAGCUGUAAUGAAGACUAACCUCUGUAUAUGAGGAGCCUGCCUUAACGAAUAAACCUUUUGAACAGGUUUUUGGAGGGUCAAGAUAGUUUUUCUCUUGAUAGGUUGGAGGUCAUUUCAGGAACAGAUGUAUCAGUAUGAUGUAAAAACGGCUGUUUAGCUGGCUGAGGUAACCAAAGGAUCAAAACAACAUCCUCUCUUUGCUAUAAAUGCUGUCCCCACAUAAUCCUGACUCCACACACUUAUGUGUAAAUAUACACUACAGGCCAAAAGUUUGGAAGCAAGGCCAUUACAGGCCGAACAGUUGGGAGUAACUUUAGGUUUUUGUUCACAAUGCUUUUUAAAAAAAUCCAGCAUGAGUUGUAUGUAUUUAUGGGAUGUAUUUUCUCCAUGAUCAGAUGUUGCUUUCAUGGAAAUGCACCAUUUUACUCCAUUUACCUUUAGAUAUACAUUGAUGUUAACAGACCAUUGCUUAAUAUAUGUCAGCAAAAGAUAAUAAGGGCUUAGUUUUAGGGUUGAAAACAUUUGCAAGAGUCACAACUUCAGUGCAAAAGCAAAAAAAAAAAAUCACAGUUGGAUUAUUCACUUCAACGUUUUGGCUUUUGAGAGUCGGCAUACAAAAAUCCCAAUAAAUCUCAACUGCGUUCAAACUACCCCAAAAAUGGCUAGAAAGAAGCAACUGAGUCAAGAAACAAAGUACAGAUUUGUACAUUGAGGAAAGAAGGAUACACAGAAAGAGAAAUUGCAAAACGCCUAAAGGCGUUUAACAAAAGAAUCCACUACACUCUGAAGAGACUAGAGGAACCUGGAAGUUAUGAUGAUAGAAAAAGACCUGGACGAAAGAGAGUUACUACAAAAGCAGAGGAUAAACAUAGCAUUGUCACCAGUAAGAGAGAUUGGCAAAAGACAGCACCACAAAUAUGGGAGGAAAUCAACAUGACAAGGUCGAAACCCAUAUCUCUGACAACCGUGAAAUGAUGUUUGAGAAAGGCUGGUCUGAAGGGUUGUAUAUCUGCAGAAAAACACUACUUCGUCCACAGAACAAGAAAAAGAGAUAUGAGUGGGCAAAAGCUCACAAAAAUUGGACUUAUGAUGACUAGAAACAAGUUUGCACUGUUUGGUUCAAAACGCAGAGUCUAUGUCCGCAGACAAACUGGUGAACGUCUGAAAGCACCGUGAAAGGUGCAGCAAGACAAUGACCCUAAGCACUCUGUCAGGGUUACCUAGACAAAAAAGAAGAGGAAGGUGUUACUUCAAAAUGGGUUGGCCCCCUCAGUCUCCAGACCUUUCUCCAAUUGAGCUUGUGCGGGAUGACUUGGAUCGACUUCAGAAAAACGUGUCCCACGAAUCAGCAGUAUCUUUGUAAUGAACUUCAGAAAGUUUGGAAUGAAAUCCCUGGAACAUACCUUAAAAAACUUGUGGAAUGAAUGCCUGGUAUAUGCCAAGCUGUUGUUAAAGCCAGAGAAGGUUACUUUGAAGAAAGCAAAGUCUAAGCAACAAUAACUCAAAUAUCUAAUAAUUAUAGUCAAAAUGUCUUCUGAUGAGUUACUCUUUACACAAUAGUUAUGUUUAUCAUGUUGCAAAUUAUAUAUAUGAAACGAUUUUUUGUACAAAUCUGAUCUUGCUUCCAAACUUUUGGCCUGUAGUGUAUGUAUGUAUAUAUGUAUGAUGUAUGUGUGUGUGUGUGUGUGUGUGUGUGUGUGUGUGUAUAUAUAUAUAUAUAUAUAUAUAUAUAUAUAUACACCCACCGGCCACUUUAUUAGGUACACCAUGCUAGUAACGGGUUGGACCCCCUUUUGCCUUCAGAACUACCUCAAUUCUUCGUGGCAUAGAUUCAACAAGGUGCUGGAAGCAUUCCUCAGAGAGCUUGGUCCAUAUUGACAUGAUGGCAUCACACAGUUGCCGCAGAUUUGUCGGCUGCACAUCCAUGAUGCGAAUCUCCCGUUCCACCACAUCCCAAAGAUGCUCUAUUGGAUUGAGAUCUGGUGACUGUGGAGGCCAUUUGAGUACAGUGAACUCAUUGUCAUGUUCAAGAAACCAGUCUGAGAUGAUUCUAGCUUUAUGACAUGGUGCAUUAUCCUGCUGAAAGUAGCCAUCAGAAGUUGGGUACAUUGUGGUCAUAAAGGGAUGGACAUGGUCAGCAACAAUACUCAGGUAGGCUGUGGCGUUGCAACGAUGCUCAAUUGGUACCAAGGGGCCCAAAGAGUGCCAAGAAAAUAUUCCCCACACCAUGACACCACCAACACCAGCCUGAACCGUUGAUACAAGGCAGGAUGGAUCCAUGCUUUCAUGUUGUUGACGCCAAAUUCUGACCCUACCAUCUGAAUGUCGCAGCAGAAAUCGAGACUCAUCAGACCAGGCAACGUUUUUCCAAUCUUCUAUUGUCCAAUUUCGAUGAGCUUGUGCAAAUUGUAGCCUCAGUUUCCUGUUCUUAGCUGAAAGGAGUGGCACCCGGCGUGGUCUUCUGCUGCUGUAGCCCAUCUGCCUCAAAGUUCGACGUACUGUGCGUUCAGAGAUGCUCUUCUGCCUACCUUGGUUGUAACGGGUGGUUAUUUGAGUCACUGUUGCCUUUCUAUCAGCUCGAACCAGUCUGGCCAUUCUCCUCUGACCUCUGGCAUCAACAAGGCAUUUCCGCCCACAGAACUGCCGCUCACUGGAUAUUUUUUCUUUUUCGGACCAUUCUCUGUAAACCCUAGAGAUGGUUGUGCGUGAAAAUCCCAGUAGAUCAGCAGUUUCUGAAAUACUCAGACCAGCCCUUCUGGCACCAACAACCAUGCCACGUUCAAAGUCACUCAAAUCACCUUUCUUCCCCAUACUGAUGCUCGGUUUGAACUGCAGGAGAUUGUCUUGACCAUGUCUACAUGCCUAAAUGCACUAAGUUGCCGCCAUGUGAUUGGCUGAUUAGAAAUUAAGUGUUAACGAGCAGUUGGACAGGUGUACCUAAUAAAGUGGCCGGUGAGUGUAUAUGUGUGUGUAUGUAUGUAUAUAUGUAUAUAUGUGUGUGUAUGUAUGUAUAUAUGUGUGUGUAUGUAUGUAUAUAUGUGUGUGUAUGUAUGUAUAUAUGUGUGUGUAUGUAUGUAUAUAUGUGUGUGUAUGUAUGUAUAUAUGUAUAUAUGUGUGUGUGUAUGUAUGUAUAUAUGUAUAUAUGUGUGUGUGUAUGUAUGUAUAUAUGUAUAUAUGUGUGUGUGUAUGUAUGUAUAUAUGUAUAUAUGUGUGUGUCUAUGUAUGUAUAUAUGUAUAUAUGUGUGUGUCUAUGUAUGUAUAUAUGUAUAUAUGUGUGUGUCUAUGUAUGUAUAUAUGUGUGUGUGUGUGUGUGUAUGUAUGUAUUUAUGUGUGUAUGUAUAUAUAUGUGUGUAUGUAUGUAUAUAUGUAUAUAUGUGUGUGUCUAUGUAUGUAUAUAUGUGUGUGUGUGUAUGUAUGUAUAUAUGUGUGUAUGUAUAUAUAUGUGUGUAUGUAUGUAUAUGGGUCAAUGACGUGACGCCUCAAUAUUCUGUCCGGCUGUAUUUUCUUUGUUACAAAGAGUUUUAAAUGUAAAAAAAUAUACUAUCUAUUAGUGGUGCAACGGAUCACAACACUCACGGAUCGGAUUGUUCCUUGGAUCAAGAGUCACGGAUCGGAUCAUUUUUCGGAUCAGCAAAAAGCAGUUUUGUCUGCAUAUUAAACACUUAAAUGGUUGAAUUAAAAUAUAUAAAAGUAGUGCAUACGGCAUAAUAUCUUCUUUUCAACAUAAUUAUUAAUGAAAAACAACUUAAAGUGCAAUAUAUAGGCAUAUCUCCUUCCUUUAAAAUGUAACAAUGAACCAAAAAUGAAGUAUGUGCGCGGUGGGAUAUUGUAACGUGGCUCAAGCACUUUCAGCAUGUUUUUAAAGCCCUCGUUUGCACAACUGAAUAUGGCCUCAUGUCUGUAGCUAUAAACACACCGAUAGCGUUUGUGAUAGCUUUAACCCGGUCGGAUUGCGCAGGAAGAGGCUGCUUAAAUGCUGCGGUGAUGAUCGGUUGCUGGCCAGCUUUCGUUUUAUCUCAGGUGUUGUGACAUAGAAUGCACCCCUGCCGUAGAAUGCACCCCCUGAUGGGAGCGCGGUUUAAAGUACAUAACGAGGCGAAAUAAUCCAAGUUUUUCUUACAUUGGAUGGAUUCAAAAGCGUUUGCCUGUAAUAAUUUCAUUCAGGCUAUUCAAAGAAGCCAAAAACAACAGCCCUUGGAAUAUUGCUGUCCCGAAAAUAUAAUGCUCUCUACCUGGACAGCUUUCUGUACGGUUUAUACCCAAGUACACCUCUAUAUUUGCAUUUUUGAGACACAUAAAAAGAAAAUGAAAGUUUGCUGCUCCAUUUGACAUGUUGUCAUGAUCUAAUACUCGUGUUUCUUUAAAUAUGAGAUCAUUAUCUCCACUUUAAGAAGCUAACGAGUGGAGGGGAUGCAGGGGUGCGUUCUACGGCAGGGGUGCAGUCUACGGCACAACACCUGUCAUUAAAACACCCGGGUGAUGUCGCUUUCGAAUGCGUGAACAUGCUCGAUGUGUUUCCACUGUCAUAUGGCUUUCUUAUGCCACAGUGCCUACACACCUUCGAAGUUUUGUCCACUGACCUCUUUCCUUCCUCAUCAUAGUUGACAGGGAAGCCAAAUUUUUUUUUUCAGAAGUCGAACCGCGGGUAACGUGUGUGCCGAACCGAUGACGUCGAUCCGAACGGAUCACGGAUCAAUGAUGAUCCGUUGCACCACUACUAUCUAUGUGUAGUAUCUCUCUAAUAUAUGGAGCCACAUCAACUUUUCAAAAAUCAGGAGUUUUUUGUAAUUUUUCUGAACUUCAAAGGGUCAAAAUAUCAUGUGGUGCGACCGUCCGGCCAUGACUUCUGUUUUGAAAACUUCUUUGAAAUUACUCUAAAUCUAUUACAAUUUAGUUUCUGCAAUAUUCGGCAUAAUUUUGAAAGUGUUUUUUAUUCCUGUACAAAAUUGCAAAGCUUUUGCAGUUAUAUUAUUUUCAUAAUAUUCAAACAAAUUUUGUCCGAUCGUGUCCAUUUCAUUAAAUAUCAUGUGUCGUGACCAUCAAAAAAUGACAAUUUUUGACACUUUUAUGCUAAAAUUUACUCAAGGACAGGAUGUUGGAUCAUUCACCAUCUUGUCGUAGAGCUAUGGAAGCAGAAAGAGGGUUGGUGGCUCUCUCAUUUCUUAAAAAAAAAAAGACCUUUUCAACUGCUGUAAUGGUGUUUGCACUUUUCGAUGUCAUGUGGUAUGACCUCAAAAAAAACCAAUUAAUUUAAGUUAUUUCCACAAAUAAGUAUUUUAAUUAUGAAUUUCAUAAUGACCUUUUGUUGGUAUCUAGUGAGGUUUGUUUAUGUGACUAAUCCUGUAUCAGUAAGAUGUGACUGAAUUUGAAAUGUCAUGCGGUGCGACCAAUUAUCAUGUGGUGCGACCACUGCAGAUUGUUUUCCAUCAUAAAUAUAUGCCCUAGGUUGGCAGUAUUUACGCUUUUUAUAUUCAAUUGAUGAUUGAUAAACACUAAGAACUUAAUUUUUAGUAUUAUUUUGAAUUUUUAUUUUUUUAUUUGAUGAGUCAUUUUGCUAACAUUUCUGAAAUAAUGGUUAGGUCAUCUCUGUACAAAACAAGAAAAAAAAUAUUAAAAGCAUGCCAUUUCACUUAAGGUAUUUAUGCCGUUGUUAGCAAUUUAUUAACUUUCAUGUAUCAAUUUAAGUCAUUUUAAUUUAUUUUACCAGAUGCCACUGCCGAGCAAAGUUAAAAGCGCUCGCUAUAGGCAGCGUGUCAACUCUGACCCUGCAGCAUGUUGUUCAUGUCAGACCUGGUCAAAGAUUGGGCCAAGAUUGUUGACAUCGCUGCGCGGAUGUUGAGAGGAGCGCUUCGCCGAGAGCGUUAUAUUCAUGAUCGUUCAAAUCCGUUUGAUUUACCUGAUGAAGUUCUCUAUGAACGUUACAGGUUUUCCUCAGAUGGCCUCAAUAGUCAGGUAACAUGAAGUCGAAGCAAUACACUAAUAUUUUCCAAGUUCAAGUUUCAUGCGGCAUAUCAAUCAUCAUUCAGAAUUUAUGGAAGCAGAUUAGAAAACUCCUCUUAACCCCAAAUGUGUCUGCAGAUGACAUGUGACCCUCAGAUGAUGAAGAAAGAAAAAAAGGCAGUGUGAGGAAAUCACUGUUUACGCGUUGAAAUAUGUACAAAUAAAAUCUUCCAGUAAACCAGCUAACCACUUUGACGGAUGUUUUUAGAUUUAUUUUUAUUUGCCUCCACGUACUCUUUUCUCCACUGCUGUUGUAUCUGAAAUAAUGAGGUCAAUGAUGGAGGUUAUCACACAUGCUGCAUGACAACAUAUAAGGGGGCCAUAAAUUUAUGAACGCACAAAUGUAAUUUACACAAUCGAUGAUUUUUGUUGCCAGCAGUCCCUCUGGCUUUUAGCGGCUGCAGCUGUCCUGCUCCUCACUGUUAUAAUGUUGCGGUACUCCUCGUAAAAUAAUGCUCAGUUCCUCAGCUGUGAUAUAUGACGUGCAGCCUUCUCCAUUGUGGAGAUUGGUCCGGUGGCACUGACCCCACCCCCUUUACGUGUGCGCGCACACAUCUAGACUGGCCACAACUGAAUUUAGUUAGCGAGUUGAUAUCCUGCCUCGUAGUACAGCUGAUCGGGAUUACGGAGAUCCGAGGCCUGUACUACGAAGCUGGAUUAACAAAUCCAGGAUAACUCUGCGACAACUCGCUCAACUUCACCGGAUCUCUGCGAUCCCGAUCAGCUGUACUACGAAGCAGGAUAUCAACUCGAUAACUGAAUCCAGUUCAGAUCUGUGCGCGCACACGUAAAGGGGGUCGGGUCAGUGCCACCGGACCAAUCUCCACAAUGGAGAAGGCUGCACGUCAUUUUUCACAGCUGAAGAACAGAGCUUUAUUUAAACAGUGAGACAGACACAGCCGCUAAAAGCCGGAGGGACUGCCGGCAAAAAAAAAUCACCGGUUGUGUAAAUUACAUUUGUGUGUUCAUAGAUUUAUGGCCCCCUAAUAUGUUGUCAUGCAGCGUGUGUGAUCACGCUGACUUCAUUAUUUCAGAUACAACAGCAGUGGGGAAAAGAAUACGUGGGAGCAAAUAAAAAUAAAUCUAAAAACAUCCUUUAAAGUAGUUUGUACGUUUAUUGGAAGAUUUUAUUUGUAUAUAUUUCAACGCGUAAACAGUGAUUUCCUCACACUGCCUUUUUUUUUCUCCAUCAUCUGAUGGUCACGUCAUCUGCAGACACAUUUGGGGUUAAGAGUUUUCUAAUCUGCUUCAAUGAAUUCUGAAUGAUGACUAACAAAUUGGAACUUGGAGCUUGGCAAAUUUUAGUGUAUUGCUUCGACUUCAUGCUACCUGAAUAUUGAGGCCGUCCAAGGAAAACCUGUAACGUUCAUAGAGAACGUCAUCAGGUAAAUCAAACGGGUUUGAACGAUCAUGAAUAUAACGCUCUCGGCGAAGCGCUCCUCUCACUAUCCGUGCAACGAUGUCCCCGGGAUCCGGCAAAAGUGGGCAAGUCAUUUUCCAAGAGAUCCGAUUUGUCAUCGGGCGGUCUUUUAUACCUGCUGAGAUCUUAUCCUGAAACAUAACCUGCUCCGGAGCAGGUUUGGCGUUCCGCGUAAGUUACCGGGGCAACGGACCCGGAUAAAAAGAGAUCCACCUUCGUAGUACGGAAAACCCAGAAGUUAUCCAGAAGUUAUCUCGCUGAGACCAAAUCCAGCUUCGUAGUACAGGCCUCCGGUGAAGUUGAGCGAGUUGUGGUAGAGUUAUCCUGGGUGUGUUAAUCCAGCUUCAAAGUGCAGGCCUCUGGACCACAUACACACACACACACAGAGUUAAAUUUUUGUAAAAAAGGGAAAUAAAAUGUUCGUGUUCAUGUUUGAAGUGUUAAUAAAAUUUGGUUUUAAUAUAAAAUUUGCAUGAAAUUAAUUGUUCAUAGGUCUCUUUAAAUUGAUUUUUAAUGAUACAAGGUCUUCAGGUCAUUUGGCGCGACCACCAAUCAUGUGGUGCAACCAAUAAUAACAUUAAUUAUAUCAAAUACAAACUAAAAUAUCUCAUUUCUGUAACUGAGACAUUAAAACCUGAUACAAUAUGCUUACAUGAAAGGUAGUUUCAAAACAUUUUUAUCAGUAUUAUGCAAUUUAAAGAAAAAAAUAGUCAGUGAACUACAUUUGAUAUAGCGACUGUGACAUAGAGCUAAUAUAUGAGAUAAUUAUUUACAAAAACUCAAAUAAAAUGCAAACGCUUUGUUCCUAUGUACUUGAUAUUACCGACAAUUUGUAAAAGACUAUGGAGUAUUUGAAAAAAUGUAAUAAUUUUGAGAUAAAUGAUGGUCGCACCACAUGACAUUUUUUAAGGCCACAGGCAGUUCAUCUAUAUAAAAAAACACUAAAUUGCCUAAUUUAAAAAUUAAACUUUAGUUUUUGUAUACAUAACAUCCUUAGUGUUUGAACUGUUGCAAAAGAUAUUCUUAUUUUUGGUAUUUUAAAAUUGGCAUGUUGAAAAACCUUAUACGUCAUUGACCCAUAUAUAUGUGUGUAUGUAUGUAUGUAUGUAUAUAUAUGUGUGUAUGUAUGUAUAUAUAUAUAUAUGUGUGUGUUCAUAUAUAUGUAUAUAUAUAUAUAUAUGUUUAUAUAUCAAUAUGUGUUCACAUAUAAAUUUUCAUAUAUAUUGCUGUAUUGUUUGUUUGUUUUCUGUUCCAUUCCAGGUGUCUGUGCUGCUGUACCAUGGUACCCAGGCAGAAAGAGCCAAGCUGCUGAAGCAGAUCCGCAGACCUCAGGGGUCCCUUAACAUGUGUCCUGUGGUUGUUACUUCAUUUGAGAUCUCCAUGAUUGACAGAAAAUUCCUGCAGGUAGCAUUGCUGCACUUCCUUUAGCACACAGAGUAAAUCUUUGUCACAUUAUUGCCCUGUUUCUGAAUAUGAGAGUUUUUCCAAGACUAGAAGUGUUUGAUGAUGAUCAUCAUUGAGAGCAGUAGUUUGUAGUCUUAUAGUUUUAACACUGAUUACAUUUAAUGCUGAUGAUUUAAUGGACCGUACGCUGUAGUAUUGGCUGUUAGGUAUAAGGGGCAGCUGUCUGCGCUGUUGCCACUUUCUUUUAUCUGAUCAACACCACCAAAUGUCUGUAUAGAUGCAGACAUUAACUUCAAAACCAUCCAGCACAUACUUGAUCAUUGGUUUUUUAUUUUGAAGAAUUUCCUGCUCAUGCUCCUGCAGAUGGUUCACACUUCAUUACUCACAUGAACCAGCACUGUGAGCUUCAUGAGUUAGAAGACAAUACAGUAGACACCAUUCUUAUAUGUCACAAAUGAACCAAAGGUAUUGAUAGUCACAUACAUACUUAAAUAGCUGUGCACUUAUCGGACUGAUCUCAUUGGCAAGAACUCUCCUGUUCUCUGCUCCAGCGUUUCCAGUGGAAGUAUCUGAUUGUGGAUGAGGGCCACAGGAUCAAAAACCUGAACUGUCGUCUUGUGAGGGAGCUGAAGAUGCUUCCCACUGAUAACAAGCUUCUGCUGACUGGGACACCUCUGCAGAAUAACCUGGCUGAGCUCUGGUCCCUCCUCAACUUCCUCCUUCCUGAGGUUUUUGACGACCUCAAAAGGUAUGAGUGUGAUCCAUUUCUGUAAAGAACAACACUACUUUCACAUUUCAGAUACCAGUGAGUUUAUUGCUGAUCGAUUAACACUCCGCCCCAGUAGAUAUAACACUACAAUAUUCACAGUACUGCUCACAUUGACUUCAUAUGAAAAAAAUGAGUUUCAGUCAAGAGGAGCACACUUGUUAGAGGUACCUAACAUGUUUGCUCUGUCCUUGCUGCUCCAUGUAGCAUGUAUGAUUGUUUUUGGCUGCUUCUUGUUCAACCUGAAGGUGGGGCCUCUAUAACAUGUUGUUUUCAUGUCUCUGGUUUAGUUUUGAAUCGUGGUUUGACAUCGACUCUUUUGGUGAAGCUGAGAAUGUGGUGGCUGCUGAGCGCGAGCGGAACAUCCUGAGCAUGCUGCACCAGGUAAGUCCUUCAGACCAUCACAACACUGACAUUUUAUUAACUACUGCAAUCACAUCACAAGCAUCAGUGUCUCAACAAAUGGAGAAGGUAGAAGGAGACAGAUUGUAUAAAUGGUGACCCUCUUCAGUUCAAGUGUUAAUGUGGAUUAACACUUGUGGUACCUUGUUUAAGGUGUUUUUAAAAUGUGUGACAUUGAAACGAGAGAGAAACGAGCAAGCUGAUUAAAAUGAGGAUUUUAAACCAACCAGGGCAACUGAAUGUGUCCUCUGUUGGUGUAAUAAUGAAGCGAGUGAGUGAGUGGGUGUUAAGCAUUCUAAUAAGCUCUCUGUUGGUGAAGACUUUGUGAGUGGAAGGUUGGUGAGCAGAGAUGGGUCAUAGAAACACAUUUCAGAAAAUAAUUAGAAAAGAUGGUUUAGUGUAUCAGGAGAAACUCAGAAAAUUAGAAUAUCGGGGUAAAUUUCAUUAAUGUCAGCAUUUCAACUUAAAAUGGGAAUCUCAUAUGUGAUAUAAACUCAUUACCUGCAAAUUGAGAUAUGUCAAGCCCUUUUUUGUUAUAAUCUUGAUGAUCAAGGCUUAGAGUUAAAUAAAUGUGUGUGUGUGUACACAUAUAUAUGAAUUUAUGUAUAUAUGUAUGCAUGUAUGUAUGUAUAUGUAUAUAUAUAUAUAUAUAUGUGUGUGUGUGUGUGUAUAUAUGUAUAUAAAUAAAUACAUAUAUAUAUAUAUAUAUAUAUAUAUAUAUAUAUAUAUAUAUUAAGGCUGUCAAAGUUAACGCGCUAUUGUCGCGUUAACUCGAGUGACUUUUAUCGCCACUAAUUUUUUUGACGCACGAUUAACGCAAGCCUUAGUCUGGCUUGACCAAAAUAUACACACACUGCGUGGAUAUUCUUGCCGUUGUAAAAGGGUAGAGGAACAGUUGGUGAGGUGUCCAGGCUAUGUGAGCCUCGGGGCACUCCGUAGUUUCACGAAUCAGGAAGUAGAACACUGACUGAUACCGCAGCAGACAUAAACAAAUCCCCGUGAGCAGUAACUAGGAUAUAAUGGAUAAGAACACGAUUUUGAAAAGAAAGUUCAGCUACAAAGCCUUGCCAGAUGGCUCUCUUGACAGGACAAAAGUCAUUUGUGUUUCCUGUCGAGCUGAAUUUAGUUACCACCGGAGUACGUCUAGUCUCAAAUAUCACUUGUUGGCCAAGCACACAGCUGAUGCAGAGAGCCCCGCCCCAAGCCAACAACGCUGAAUGUGCAAGGUAAACAGAUGGAGAGCUCUACUAAACGCAAAAUUGAAACAUAAAUCGCUAAAUUGGUGGCUACCGCUUGUCGGCCGAUGAGCAUUGUGCAGGACGUUGGUCUGCGUGAAAUCAUACGGAUCGCAUCCAAUGACUGGACAUAUGAAUUACCUUGUAGGACCACCAUUACCACGAAAAUCCACGAUCUGUUCUCAUGUUGAUUCUCAUGUUGAUAAAAGUAUAACAAUUUGAAAAAGUUCGAUUUCGAAUGGAUCAAAAAUAUGCGAUCAGUUUGCGAUUAAUCAUGAGUAAUUAUGAUCACAAUUCGAUUAAUCGCGAUUAAAUAUUUUAAUCGAUUGACAGCCCUAAUAUAUAUAUAUUAGAGCUUCACUGGCUUGAGGUGUCAUCUGAUUUAGACCUUGGUCACAGGCUGCCCCAGUAGACAAGGUCUGUAACAGGUUUGCAGAUAGACCAAGUUAUGAUCUUAUUUUCUCAGUGGUGGUAAGGCAGUGGCUCUGUAGGCUUCUUUGACGUUUGCAUACAGCAGAUCGAGGGUUUUGUUUUCUCUGGUAGGACAGUUCACAAACUGUGUAAGUCCAGUCAGGUGAGAGGAGAGGGUGGCAUGGUUAAAGUCUCCUGGUUUUAUUAUUAGUGCCUCCGGGAGUUGAGUCUGUAGCCUGGCAACACUAUUAUGCAAAAGAUUGCAUGGAAUUUCUUCAGUUGAUUUGGGUGGGAUGUAAACAACUAUUGUUAUGAUAUGACUAAAUUCUCUUGGAACAUAAUAUGGCCAAAGAGCAACUGCCAACAGUUCAAUGUCUGGACAACACAACUUCUCCUUGACAGCUUUGUGUGAAGGGUUACACCAUCUCUAGUUAACAAAUAAAGCUAGACCUCCUCCUUCCUUCUUGCCACUAGCUUGAGCGUUUUUGUCUGACCUUAUGAGAGUGAAGCCAAGUAGAUCCACACUGGAGUCUGAGUUAUUUUGAUUCAACCAGGUUUCAGUAAAACACAGGAGACUGCACUCACAGUAUGCUUUCUCAGUCUUCACAAAUAUCUCCAGCUCAUUGCUUUUGUUGGGCAGAGAGUUGACAUUUCCCAUGAUGAUUGAUGGAAGAAGGGGUUUAUAUCGCAACUUCCUAGCAUUCAGCUUUGCCUUCACCUUUGCACCAGCUCAGCAACCACAGUAACACCUCCUGAUGUCCUCUGGAAUUGGAUGUUGCUGUCCAGAUUUGCUUUUUCUCAAUGAAAGGAGAAAGGGGCAGAGCCGCCUCUUUUGCCCAAGAAGACUGAUCAAUAGACAUCUGUAGCAAGAUGCUGCAGAUAUUUUAUCUGUCUGGGGUGGCAAGUGUUCUGUUCUAUGCUGCAGUCUGCUGGGGAGGAAGCAUCAAACACAAAGAUGCAAGACGUCUGAACAAACUGGUGAAAAAGGCUUGCUCUGUGGUUGGAUUCAAGCUGGACUCAGUGGAGGAUGUGGUGGAGAGAUGUACACUGAGGAAGGUGGAGACUAUUCUAAAGAACAUGGAUCACCCACUUCACAACCCCUUGAUGGACCAAAGGGCCAAUGGUGGUGGACGACUCCUCUCUCUUUGCUGUAGGACAGAAAGAUUCAGAAGAUUUUUUGUACCCACAGCCAUCAAACUCUUCCAUAAAUAGUAGAUGACUUUCAGAGACAUUACAAAUGAGAUGACAGACAAUUGAAUUUCCCUUCGGGGAUCAAUAAAGUUCUUCUUCCUAUACCCUUGAGAUAGGGAGAUCCUGUACUGUCCCACACCUGUAGAAUGACUCCCACUUCUAUCCCGCUCCCACUCAAAAUGGCUCUCAAUCCUGUCCCGCUCCUGUUUUCUUCUUUGUUUCCCUUAAAUACCGCAUUGUGCCACUUUAGAUUUCCAAGACUAACAUGUUAACAGAACAAUGUAUUUUACCCUGUCCCACAAGUCAUAUUCAACACAAUAUGGUAAGUUAGUCAUUAGGGAAGGCAAUAGAUGGCUUUUUUAAGAUGCCAUUAAACAAUAUGGCAGCAGAACAGCUUAAUGAUGCCUUAAUCCAUUUUAAACAAUCGGUAAUGAGUAUCUUAGUUGAAUAAACCCAAACAUGGCAUUCAAUGUUGUAUUUUAUUAAAGGCUGACUUAAACAGUCUUUAGAAAAACACUGUUAAAAAACAGGCUUUCGUACCAAAGUUUGGUAAACACAAAAAAGAACAAAGUGCAUAAUGUAUUGCACAUAAUGUAGUGCAUAAUGUUUAAGGAAACUCUGUUGUUGAGGUAAUAUGGGAUAACAACAGCUGUGAGUCUAAUAGACUGAUCAUUGUUCCUCAUUUUUCGCCGUAUUUCUGCCUUUAGUGCAUCAUCUCCCCCGCUCGGCCCGCUGCCAUCCAUUUGUGUUGUUCUCUCAUGUUUCGUUCGUUCGUUCGUUCGUUUGUUUGUUGCUAUGCCCCUCAAUGUAGUUGUGUGUGUGUUUUGUUUUCCCUUUUCUCUCUGUCCGUCCGCCGUCUAACCUCCGCGUUUAAGUUCCGGGUGAACAGCACACUGAUGGAUUAUGGGUAGUGUGGUUCUUUUGACUUGAUCAAGCAAAUCAAAAGAGUGUUGUCUCGCUGAAAAAUGACUACAGCACCCAUGUGCUUCUGUUCCUUGGUUGGUAAAGCGACCAGCUGAAAAUGAUCAUUAUUAAUAUAUGAUCAUAUAACGAAGUCACUCCCGCUCCUGCACGCUCCUGAUGACUUUCAUUUUUGUCCUGUCCGAUCACAGGACUAAUAAAAAUAUUAAUCCCGAAUCACGUGCUUUCCUGUGAUCCCGUGGGAUCACGCAGGAGUCCUGACAAAAUGUCACCCUCUAAUCUGUACUAGUUUCUACAUCUGUACAAUAAAGAUGCCCAGGCUGCUCUUCAGAUCUCAUCCUGUCUCCUGUGCAUUGUUUUGCUGCAUACCAUACAUUUUUUUCACACCAGAAUCAUAACUGUCACCAUCAUCCUGUUUCAGAUUCUGACUCCCUUCUUGCUGAGGAGGCUGAAGUCAGAUGUGACUCUGGAGGUUCCUCCAAAGAAGGAGAUCAUUGUUUAUGCCCCUCUGGUGGCCAAACAGGAAGCCUUUUACACCGCUGUGGUCAACAAAACUAUCGCCAAGAUGCUUGGCCAGGAGAAGGUAAGAUUAUAAGGUCUAAUUUAGGAGCAGGCUCUGAAGGAUGAAUCAAUAAUGGAGAUAAUUGCAGAUACAGUCCCCUCCAAAAGUAUUGGAACAGCAAGUUCAAUUCCUUUGUUUCUGUGUAUACUGAAGACAUUUGGGUAUCAGAUAAAAAGAUGAAUAUGACACAAAAGUUCAGAAUUCCAUCUUUUAUUUCGUGGUUUUUUACAUCGAGAUGUGUUAAACAACCCAGGAAAGAUCACCUUUUCUUUGAACCCACCCACUUUUCAGGUGGGCAAAAAUAUUGGAACAUGUGACUGAUGGGUGUUUCUAGUUGCUCAGGUGUUGCCUUUUAGAUCGAUUGCAGAGACAUUAAAUAGUUCUUGUUUUUGGCUUUGGGUUUCACCUGUGAAAACUGCAUUUUCUGUUAAGCAAACAUGAAAACCAGAGAGCUGUCUAUGGGAGAAAAGCAAACCAUUUUGGUCCUGAGAGAAGAGGGAUAAUCGAUCAGAGCUAUUGCACAAACAUUGGGCAUAGCUACUACAACAAUUCGGAAUGUUCUGAAAAGAAAGGAGCUACUGGUGUACUGAGCAACAAACUUUGAACAGGUCGGCCCAGGGUAACAACAGCAGUUGAUGACAGAAACAUUGUGAGAGCUGUGAAGAAAAACCCCAAAACAACAGUCACUGACAUCACUGCCAACCUCUGCAGGGCAGGAGUGAAAAUGUCACAAUCCACUGUUCGAAGAAGACUUCGAGAGAAGGAAUACAGAGGCCAUACCACAAGAUGCAAACCACUCAUCAGCAAAACGAAUCUGAAGGCCAGAUUGGAUUUUGCAAAGAAGUACAGAGAUCAGCCACAAAAGUUUUGGAACAAAGUUUUAUGGACUGAUGAGACCAAGAUUAACCUUUACUAAAGUAAUGGAUAGGCCAAAGUAUGGAGAAAGAAAGGAUCUGCUUAUGAUCCAAAACAUACAAGCUCAUCUGUGGAACAUGGUGGAGGUAGUGUCAUGGCUUGGGCUUGCAUGGCUGCUUCUGGAACGGGCUCACUAGUCUUUAUUGAUGAUGUAACUCAUGAUGGUAGCAGCAGAAUGAAUUCUGAUGUCUACAAAACCAUUUUGUCUGGCAAUUUACAGAAAAAUGCAUCCAAACGGCAACAAGACAAUGUCCCAAAGCACACUGCCAACACAACAAAGGACUUCAUCAGGGGGAAAAAGUGGAAGGUCUUGGACUGGCCAAGUCAAUCACUAGACCUUAACCCAAUAGAAAAUGCAUUUUACCUCCUGAAGAGGAGACUGAAGGGAGAAACCCUCAGAAACAAACAGCAACUGAAAGAGGCUGCAGUAAAGGCCUGGAACAGCAUUUCUAAUGAAGAAUGCAACAGCCUGGUGAAGUCAAUGGGUCGCAGGCUCGAUGCAGUUAUUGCAAGUAAGGGUUAUGCCACCAAAUAUUAAAUGUUAUUCACUUUAAGUUAAUUUAAUAAUGUCUGUUCCAAUACAUUUGGUCACUUGAAAAGUGGGUGGGUUCAAAGAAAAAGUGCUCUGUCCUGGGUUGUUUAACACAUCUAGAUGUAAAACCCAUGAAAUAAAAGCUGGAAUUCUGAACUUUUGUGUCAUAUUCAUCUUUUUAUCUGAAACCCAAAUGUCUUCAGUAUACAACAAAAACAAAGGGAUUGAACUUUCUGUUCCAAUACUUUUGGAGGGGACUGUAUGUCAGUUUACAUGAUUGUUGCCAAAGUGUUCUCGGUCCAAGUUUCAACAACCUCAAGUUAGAGCUCCUUUAAAAAUGUACAUUUUUUAAUUUAGUCCCUGUGGACUAUGACAUGACAGCUACCAUCAAGCUACCAUGCUCAUAAAGCCUGUCAUAUCUUAUUUACAAGUCGGAUAGGUUUACUGUUCACUUUUUUUUUUUUUUUUUUUUUUGCGAAUUCGUUUCUGAAAUUUCAUCUUUGUUAUGAUGAAUGAAAUGUGAGAUUCUCAUUUAUUUUUCCAUAAUCCAGCUGAAAAGGUGAUACCUCUUUAUAAUGUAGAUUCAUCUCAAAUGGAGGAAAAUGUUUAAUAUUUAUGAUACUAUAAUAUUUAAUAUACAUUGAAUAUCCAGUACAUCUAAACAUUAGAAUAUGGUGGAAAAGUCACAAAAUCAUGUCAUAACCUUGUUCAUGAGCCAUGACAAAAAGACGGUAGGAAACCAUAGUGCCAAAAAGUAUGUAAGAUUUAUGCCAAACUAAGAAAAAAAUUAUUGGAUAUACAACAGUUACACAUGAGGUGUGUCAAGUCUUUCAGAUCAGUAGUGUGCAUGUGAGUGUGUGAGCAUGGUGUAGUGAUGGGUGUUGAGGAGUGCACUAACAUAAGAUCCAACUAAAUCAAAGGUGCGAUGCUGGUCAGGUGCAGGGAGCGUGGGGGAGCCAGAUUGAGAGCCAGAGAGAGAGCAUCAGAGGGGAGAGGUUUGUGUGUGGGGGGUGGGAUGCUUUUUUCAAAUCUGCCUCAACGGCUCAGGUUUCAACUGCUUCUUAGAUCAUCAACCAUGCCUUUAACUAGAAUAUAAUGUAUAAGUUUAUUUAUUUCAGUGAUUCAGUUCAAAAAGUGAAACUCAUGUAUUAUAUAGAUUAAUAACACAGAUGAAGAUAUUUCAAGAGGUCAUUUGUUUUUAUUUUGAUGAUGGUAAGUUACUACUAAUAAAACCUAAGAUUCAGGAUCUCAAAAUUAGAAUAUUAUAAAGAAGUUCACAACUGGAGACUCAUGGUAUCACACUCUGACUAGAUAGUUCAUUAAAAACACCUAAAAAAGUGUGCUGGGUCUUUAAAUAGGAAAUGCUGAUUUAGUAAAAACUUUAGGAAAUCCAUACAGAUAAAUAAGUCAUGAUAGCAUGUAAGGCUGCACGAUAUUGGAAAAAACUAACAUUGCGAUUUUUUUCAACCCUGCGAUAUAUAUUGCGAUAUUUAAGAAUACAGGAAUUUUCACCAGAUGACCUGAAUAUCACUUAAGGUUAUGCUGCACUGCUGAAAUCUUGAGGACAGUUAACCUGCAUUGAUCUUACCUCUUUUUUGCACCCUAUUUUUGGAAAUAUUGCAUAUUUUGUGCUUUUCCCAUUAAAAAUAUUAGGGGUUCUCAUGACAAAAGACAGUAAAAACCUAAAAAAGUAUAUAUUUUUUUAAAUAAACUUAACAUCUAUGGAUAGGUCUGGAGUUGUUGACAAGAUCUGAUGCUUUAAAGUAAAAAAAAAAAAAAAUGAGUGUAUAAUGUUUUUACUGCACUUUCAUUAGACCGUCCAAUUUUGGCCACAAGGGUAACGAGUGUCAGUAAAUUUUAAGGGGUGCACAAGGGUUAACAAAGGAGUCCACUACACUCUGAAGAGACUAGAGGGACCUGCAGUUAUGAUGAUAGAAAAACACCUGGAUGAAAGAGAGUUACUACAAAAGCAGGGGAUAAACAUAGCAUUGUCACCAGUAAGAGAGAUCGGUGAAAGACACCACCACAAAUAAGGGAGGAAAUCAACAUGACAAGGUCGAAACCCAUAUGAAAACCGUGAAAAGACGUUUGAGAAAGGAUGGUCUGAAGGGUUGUGUAUCUGCAAAAAAACACUACUUUGUCAGCAGAACAAGAAAAAGAGAUACGAGUGGGCAAAAGCUCACAAAAAUUGGACUUAUGAUGACUAGAAACAAGUUUGCACUGUUAGGUUAAAAACGCAGAGUCUAUGUCCGCAGACAAACUGGUGAACGUCUGAGAGCACCAUGUGUUACACCCACAAUUCAGCAUGGAGGUGGUAGUUCCAUGGUAUGGGGAUGUUUUGCAGGUGAUGGAGUAGGAGAUUUGUUUGAAGGAACAGUACCACUCCAUCCUCCAGCACCAUGCUGUUCCAUCUGGACUCAGACUUGUUGCUCAUAAGUUUGUUUUGCAGCAAGACAAUGACCCUAAGCACUCUGCCAAGCUCUGUCAGGGUUACCUAGACAAAAAAGAAGAGGAAGGUGUUCUUCAAAAGAUGGUUUGGCCCCCUCAGUCUCCAGACAUUUCUCCAUUUGAGCUUGUGUUGGAUGAAUUGGAUCAAUCGGUCAGAUCAAUCCCUGGAACAUACCUUAGAAAACUUUUGGAACGAAUGCCUGGUGUAUGCCAAGCUGUUGUUAAAGCCAGAGGAGGUUACUUUAAAGAAAGCAAAGUCUAAGCAACAAUAACUCAAAUACCUAAUAAUUAUGGUCAAAAUGUCUUCUGAUAAGUUACUCUUUACACAAUAGUCAUGUUUAUUGUGUUUCAAAUUAUAUAUAUGAAACUAUGAUCUUUUUUGUACAAAUCUGAUCUUGCUUCCAAAGUUAUGGCCUGUAGUGUACAUGCAGAGCAAACAGACACAGCCACACACCUUCACCCACCAUCAGGAGUAAGUGUGUUUUGAUAUUGUCCCCAAAGACAUCUGAAUACAAUAGAAAGAUGUUGAAUAAGAGUAAAUUCAUCCACCAAAAUAAUUUGUGAUAAUAAACAAUUUUAAAAUAUCUCCAUCUGAGAUCACGGUCAUGUUUCUCCUGAGAGUACCAGCCAUCCAAGGCCUCUUGUGAUACUGGGUCUGUUCCUCAGUAGGCGAUCUUCUGAGGAGCUGUUCUUCAUCAUUCUGGUUAAAUUUUUCUUUUGUGUCUUCAGAUUGUGUUUGUUAGUUUCUAAGUUUAAAAAAAGCUGCUGGUUAGACUGAAAUAUCUUUCUCUGUGUUAUCUUUAAGGAGGAGGCUCCUGUAACGUUGACUUCAAGUGGCAGACCGAAGCGUUGCAGUCGAAAAGUGGUGGACUACACUGAAAAAGAGGAAGAAAUGCCACACAACCCGGAGAAAUAUCUAGAGAAGCUCCUAAAAAAACAAGAGCAGAGGUCAGAAUAGGACUGGGCGAUUUGGCAAAAAAAAUGAUCGCUAUAUAUUUUGUCAUAUCGUCUGAUCUCGAUUAUUAUCACAAUUUUUAAAAGUUUUUAUACCUGCCAGUUUUAAAGCAUCUGUACUAAAAACUAAAGAAACUAGAGAUUAGUUCAACAUUUUAAUUACAUACAAAUAAGGAUGAAGUUGAAUAAGAUAAACAUAGAAAAGUAUAAAUACCAUUUUCACUCAACAGUACAACAAAUUCAGAUACUAAAUUAUACACUGAACUAGUUUAAAGUCCUGAGUGUUUUUGCAGGUAUGCAAGGCCCAAAUUAAGAAAAUCGCCCCCUCAGAGAUAAUAAAGACGCCUAAAAAUGUGGCAGACAUCAUCUAAUGUUUAUUAGAUGAUAUAAACAUUUGAUGAUGCAAUUGGUUGCUGCUUUGGUCUGGUGGCUUCACCGCUAGUUGUGGCUAAAUUGCUAAUGCUACUUGUGCUGCGCAGACUCCACUUGCAUUUUCAUGCUUUUUGCAUCAUCACUCGGAAAGAACUUCUUUAAAUGAUUAAACAGAUUUUUUGUGUUGCCGGUUUUUGAGGGCACCGACUGCCGAAAUACCUUGCACAUCAGCUUAUUUGCUUGACGUCACUUUGAAGAUACUCGAAGCACCACCACACAACCAACGUUGAGUAACUUUUCUCCUCAACAAUGGCAUCUUUGGAGAAUGACUGAGUUAUGGCUGACAUCUAUUUUUCUACCCUCAGCUCCACGUUUAGCUCCACCUUUGGUCAUUCUGUUUACCUCUCCUGUUUACUUCGGCAACAGAAGUGAGCAGGAAAAGCUCAACUCUGAUUGGCUGUUCUCAUGCACAUUUCUGCUAUGUUUAAUUGAGUAAAUAUGCUAACAGUUUAUCACCGUGAAGGAACAUUAAUUUAUCACGAUCAUUAAUCACGAUCAUAUAAACGCCCAGUCCCAGGUCAGAAGUGCAUCCACAACUCUCAUCUUCAAGUCUAAACAGCUGCACUCAGCUGGGACGUGUUUCUGACAUUCCAGCAAUGACCCUGUAGGUUUUAUUCUAAAGACCUUUUUGUCCCCCUCCAGCUCCAGCUCUUUUCCAGUGCUUGAUGUCCAGGGUCCUCUGGAUGCUCAGAUCCACCUGAAGCUGCAGAACAUCUUCAUGCUGCUAAAGAGAUGCUGUAACCAUCCCUACCUGGUCGAGUAUCCACUGGACCCUGCUACGCAGGAAUUUCAGGUGAUGUUCAGUCACAUGAACUUCUCUGGUUUUGGUAACAUUGAUGCUACAUAAAUGGUAACUGUGGACCCUCAGGAUUUGGAGCAGAAACUGAACUUAAAAUUAAACUUGUUAUAAAACUUAACAAAGGCACUGGGUGAUUGUUCCAGUACAGUUGGUAUGAUUUCCUGUAUUUGUAUUCCUUUUUUUACAUGCUUUGUAUCCUCCUGUUCCCCUGCAGAUCAAUGAGCAGCUGGUGCAGAGCUCAGGGAAGCUUCUGAUUCUGGACAGACUACUGCCUGCACUGAAGGCAAGAGGACAUAAGGUGAGGUCUUGAUCAAAAAUGACACGCUACCGCAUCAGCAAAAGUGGAGAGUGAACCAGGCCACGCUCAGGAUGAUCAUUAAACCCUGAACUCAUUAGUACUCGUGUACUUCUACUUAAAGUACAUAUCACUCUACUAGUUUGGGGUCAAAAGAGAACCAGCAAUCAUUGAUGAGGCAAUAUGUAAAAAUUGCACUUAAAAGAUCUUCAUGAAACAAGGAAACGCGCUGAAUCUGAGGUCUUGCUUAAAAAGUCUCCAGUGAUGGAGCUAAGGCUGCUGUUCCUUCCAGCUGAGAUUCAUGGAGCAGCUCACAGCAUAGCUGUAGCAAACUCUGAAAUUCUGCACUGACCUUCUUCCUACACAGAAUCCAAGUGGAGCCAACUUGCUCUUCCUCGAUAUUGUAACUACGGUCGAAACAGCGCACAUUCCAAGACCUGUGAUUGGUUCACGUUGUGGCAGACCUCAUUUGGGGCUGUCUUGGUCACGUUUGCAUCCUUUCUCUGAGGGGUUUGCAUAGUCUCCUCAUGCUUCUGUGGGGACCCUCCUGGUACCCAGGUGUACCCUGCUUCUCACCAAGGGACAGCUGGGAGUCUAGAUAAAGUAUGGAUGGAACUAAACAGAUGUUGCCAUAAUCUUGUAAAAAGAUGAUUUUUAAGUGUAUAUCUAAAUACCUUCAGACUUUAAAGACCCCCUUGAAAUACAUGUAAUUCUCUCAGCACAGAGUAUUACCUCAGACAGGCUGCUUCAUCGUAAUGCUGUGUUAUGGCCCUGGCCUAGGGGAACCAGGGCCGCACAUGAUUGAGUGCCCCGCUCUUCCCACUCCCAAGAAAACCAGCCAAAACCACUAUCUUUAAAUUCACGAGACUAAGCAAAACACGUCAUGUGGACUGGUGGUUGGAAGUGGCAAGAGCAAAAAGGGGGGCGGAGGAUGUCAUCAGGUGGGUUAUAAACUCCUCAGCCAGUCAAUCAGCCUGCAGCAAUUCAGUCACAGCAGCACACACACACCUGCAGCUCAUCUCUCACACACAGACGCUGAUUUUCACUGCAGGGGAGGGGAGGAGAGAGAGAGCUGUCAGUCAAGAGGUUAAGCCAGGGGUCAGCAACCUUAAACACUCUAAGAGCCAUUUGGACCAGUUUCCUUCAGAAAAGAAAACACAGGGGGCCACAAAACCCCUUUGACAUCUAAAAUGAAGUUAACAUUGCAUAUAUUGUUUUUUUUACCUUUCUGCGAAGUAUAUAAAAAACUGUGGUGAGUUGCAUUUAUGAAAUAAAUGAACUGCUGCAGAGAAAAGGAAAUGUUAUUUCUGCAACAAAAAUAUUUUAAACGGUUUGAAAUAACCUUAAAGAUCAUGUUAUAAUCAUGUUAUUCUUGUUGUCUACAUGUGCAUAUAUCAUUUUCCUGAUGCUACAGGUCAUAUAAGUAAUAUAAGUGCAAAAUUGCAUUUCUGUGUAUUUCUGCAUUCACAUCACUGUGAAUCUCUGGCAGACCCAAAUGGUAGUCGUAGAUGCAGGGAGAUUUCCUACUUUACAACUGCAAGCUCCGCCCUCGGAGCCCUGCUAUGCAGGCCAAACUUGAAGGAGUAGAGAGGAUGAUUGCGCAACAAGCGUGUGCAUUGAAUAAGUAACACAAUUUCACUGAACAAUAUAAGAUACAUAUUUGCAAAAUAACAGCCAAUUAAAAUGUGAAAUUUACUUGCUUACUUGACUUUCGCUCUUGAACCUCAGCGCACAUCCAGGCUGUGUGACAUCACAUUGAUCUUCACACAUGUUUUUGGUUUUCCCAAGUCGGCAGUUAUGAUGCAUAUUUUGAGCGGUAAAAAAAUUGAACAUAGUUUAUUUAAUAUUACAAGAGCAUUAUAAUUUUCGAAUUUAGAAUUACAAAAAAAAAAAUAAUAAUAAUAAUAAUUAAAUAUUUAUUACUUAUUUUCCAAAUGCACAGGGAGCCGCAGCUUAGGGAAGAUGAAGCCACCUGCAGCUCUAGAGCUGAGGGUCGCCGACCCCUGGGUUAAGCAUUCAAAAUACAUUAAUGACCACAGUCUUAACAGCUGCUCCAGCUUGACUUGAACUGUCUCUCACCAAGACUGUCGCCUUCAUUUUUUAUUGUGCUUUCUUCAGCUGUCUGAACAAACCAUCUGCCCCUGCUCAACUGUUUUUGACGUGUGUGACUGACUAUUGUGAUCCAGGUUCUGGUUUUCAGUCAGAUGACGUCCAUCUUGGAUAUUUUGAUGGAUUACUGUUAUCUGCGGGGCUUCCAGUACAGUCGACUGGAUGGCAGUAUGUCCUAUGCUGACAGAGAUGAGAAUGUGAGUUUAAAAUCUGUAGAUGAAGAGCUUUUAUAGUGUUUCAUGGCUCUGUGAGUGUAUUCUGUUUGUAGACUCAGAGGAACUCUUCAAACCUAUUUGGCUAAGCAUAAAGAUAUACAUCAAAACGGCUGCUUUUGACUUCUGUGGUCCUGCCAUUUGUCAGUAUGUCAUCGGUUCUUUUGUUCCACCAGAUGUCAAAGUUCUCCAAAGAUCCAGAGGUGUUCCUGUUCCUGCUCAGUACCAGAGCGGGAGGACUCGGGAUCAACUUGACAGCUGCGGACACUGUCAUCAUCUUCGACAGUGACUGGGUGGGUUCAGAUAUAAAAUGCACUGACAGAAACCUGUUUCUGAUACAUUAUUUCCUCAAGUCUUUCUGUGCUUGCUCAGUGUGAGGUCAUAUUCUUGUCCUCUCAGAAUCCCCAGGCGGACCUGCAGGCGCAGGACCGCUGUCACCGCAUCGGCCAAACCAAACCCGUGGUGGUGUAUCGGCUGGUCACAGCCAACACCAUUGACCAGAAGAUCUUAGAGAGAGCUUCAGCCAAGAGGAAGCUGGAGCAAAUGGUCAUCCACAAGAGUGAGUGUCUUCACCUGAGCCCUUAGUCCGGCACUGGGGCAGUAGAUUAAAACCAAACCUGGAUUAAAGACCUUUAUAUCUGAGUGGGUGACUCUUAAAAAAAAAAAGGUUUCUGUUUUUACUUUGUGUACCACAUUUACAGCAAAAGUUCACUGACUUCUGAAAGAGUUCCCUGUUGAUUCACUUUUACAUUGUGGACCUUGGGAAUUCAGCUUUGGUGUACAUGUGACUGAUUUCUGAUUUGCUGCUGUCCUGCUCAGACAAGUUCAAAGGAGGGAGGUCAGACCUAAACCAAAGCAAAAGCUGCAUCAAUCUGGAUGAGCUGAGGGAGCUGCUCAAGGCCAGAAGCACUGAAAAGUAAAAAGUUAUCCUCUCAGCUGUCAGAAUGUGCAGACACUGUGAAGGAACACACAGAUGACUAUAUCAUUGCUUGUUCCUGACAGAGAGGUGAAAGCAUCUCGGGGGAAAGUGAUCAGUGACAAAGACCUGGAAGUUUUGCUGGAUCGCAGUGACUUACUGGGUAAGAAGACACACAACACAACCACACAGUCUGAGCAGUUCUCAUCAAUAACAGACUGUGUUUUGGCUGUAGAAUCACCUUACUCUUGUAUCUGCUGCUCCUCAGUUUACAUAGUCCACUGUUUUGAUGACACAGCUGAUCUGCCCUCUGUAAAAAUUCUAAAGAGUCAAAGAUCCAGAGUUUUGUUUACCCUCCAGUUUGAGCUUUUAUUACGCUCAUUUUGAAUAUUUUCUCUCCAUGAAACCUUUGUCAUAGUUUUGCAUGAUUUACAUCUUUAAACACUCCAUUCCUAUUCCCCCUUAUUAGUUGGGGCCCUAAGACACAUUUUACUUCAAGUCAUGAUACAAAUGUCCCCUUUGGUAUGGAAGUACUUUAGGGUCAUAGAAAACAUUUUAUCCAAAGAGACAAGUUAGAUCACCCUUCAAUUUUUUUUAAUAGCCAUUUUAAAAAUGGCUGCCGACAAACCGCUAAUACACCAGACCCCAUAUCUUUUUUUCUGUUGGAGCUAUAAUCAUAAUAUUGGUGUCAAAGUGCACAUUUUUGGGGUCUAGGAAUUCAAUUAAAUAGGUUUCAAUGUAAAACAAAACAAUGCUUCAUUAAUUACCAUGACAGCGGGGGGUAAAAUAUGCUAAUUUCAUGAUAAAAUGUACGUUUUAACAGGGUAACUUACCCCCCCACCCCUUCCCCUAAACGUAGAUGUACUUUUCCCUUGGUAUGGAAGUACCUUAGGACCAUAGGAAACAUUUUAUCCAAAAAGACAAGUCAACCAUGUCUGUAGUCAUUUGAAAGGGGAGAAGCUACUGAAUCGAUUGGCAUCAAUCUUUCCAAAGACUACAUUUCCCAGCUUUGAAAAAAGCUGGGUGUAAAGUGUUCGUAAUCUGUGCGCUUUUAGGUGCAGCGCCCCACAGACGAAGGCAGGAUGCUGCAUCGCGCACUGAUCACUCGGGACUCUCCUGUAAACGUUCUCCACCACUUAUAAAACUUCUCUUGAGUAUCUCUUGAGUAUCUUCUGUAUUAAAUAGGAAAGUAAUACAAACCUCAAACUGCACCUCAAAGUGUCUCAGAUUUUCUGUCACCUCUGAUUUCAUCCAGCUGUCACAGACCUUGUUAUAGAAUUCAUGUUUUGUGGCAGCAACUGGCUACGAGAGGUGUAACGCUCAGCAGUCAUACAGACAGAUACAAAUGCAGUCAGACAGAGACACAUAGAGUACAUAAGAGGCUGUACCAUUUUUCUUUUCUUUUUUUCUUUUCUUUUUUCUUUUUCUUUUUUAGGGGGGCAUUUUUAAAGUCACCUUUUUGACACUUAUUUUAUUCAUUAAAUGUGCAUAUUUUACCCCCAUUGUGAGGGUAAUGUGAAGACUAUAUAUUUUUUAGUCUGGAGACCUUUUCAUAUGGAUUUCUUGUCCCAGAAAUGUAUACUUUGACACUAAUAUAAUAAUAUCACAGAAGCGAAAAUAUGGGGUCUGGUGUAAUAGUGGUGCAUUGUCAGUGGUCAUUUUUAAAAUGUCUAUAAAAUAAAUGAAGGGUGAUCUAACUUGUCUCUCUGGAUAAAAUGUUUCCUAUGGCCCUAAGGUACUUCAAUGCCAAAGGAACAGUAAAUCUCAGUUUAGGGGAGGGGGGGGUAAGUUACCCUGUUAAAACGAACAUUUUAUAAUGAAAUUUGCAUAUUUUACCCCCGCUGUCAUGGUAAUUAAUGAAGCAUUGGGUUUUACAGAAACCUAUUUAACUGAAUUCCUAGACCCAGAAAUGUGCACAUUAACACCAAUAUUAUGAUUAUAGCUCCAACAGAAGAAAAAAUAUGGGGUCUGGUGUAAUAGUGGUGCAUUGUCAGUGGUCAUUUUUUAAAAUGUCUAUAAAAUAAAUGAAGGGUGAUCUAACUUGUCUCUCUGGAUAAAAUGUUUCCUAUGGCCCUAAGGUACUUCAAUGCCAAAGGAACAGUAAAUCUCAGUUUAGGGGGAGGGGUGGGGGGGUAAGUUACCCUGUUAAAACGAACAUUUUAUAAUGAAAUUUGCAUAUUUUACCCCCCGCUGUCAUGGUAAUUAAUGAAGCAUUGGGUUUUUUACAUUGAAACCUAUUUAACUGAAUUCCUAGACCCCAGAAAUGUGCACAUUAACACCAAUAUUAUGAUUAUAGCUCCAACAGAAGAAAAGAUAUGGGGUCUGGUGUAUUAGCGGUUUAUUGUCGGCGGCCAUUUUUAAAAUGGCUAUUAAAAAAAUUGAAGGGUGAUCUAACUUGUCUCUUUGGAUAAAAUGUUUCCUAUGACCCUAAGGUACUUCCAUACCAAAGGGGAUAUUUGUAUCAUGACUUGAAGUUAACAGCUUAUUUUUUGGGCUUAGGGACUCCACGAUAUGAGUCUGUGAAAACCCUCACAGUUCAGCCUGAGCCUGGCCCAGGGGAGUUCAGGUCCUGUCUUUUAGGGUGUACUAGUACUAGGCCCACUCUCUCCACACUGUGCUAAAGCAGGUUUGUUCCCCCCUCUUUGGUCCCCUGCUGACCUGUAUUUACAUUGCUCCAGGGUCAGACAGGCAUAGGCACUACUGCCCCCAUCAGAUAACAUCCUACAGGACGCACAGUCUCAUGGUCGGCACAGAAGACAGCAGCACAAAAACAUGAUCGCUGCUGAACAGACUUCUUUUCUGCAGGCCAUCAUCAGUCCAGAGCGAACAACCAUCAGACACUUUCUGAAUAAUCCUAUAAGCCCCUAAACUGAAGCUCUUUCUCCAGUAUUUAGAGCUACAGAGCUGUCCAAAAAUAUAACUGCUUUAUUGUGGUAACACUUGAUUGACUUUGAACAUGCCAACAGCUGAUGUGUAGCUGAAUGUCAACAGCAUCUAAGCCAUCAACAAGCAUAAAACCGUCUGUAGAUUUUCAUUAUGCUUUUGUGUGAUAGGUUAUGGACUAAUAUUUCACAUCUGUCAGUACCUGGUUAACUUUUUCUAUGUUGCUAGUCAACUCCACUCAACAGACAGCCAGUUAACUACAUACACUUUGAUGUCACGGGUAUGGCAACAGUUGGACUGUCCAAUAAGGUGUUUUCUUAAUUUUUGGUCAAUCUGUCAAACACUGUGCUGCGGCAGAGACAGCUGUUUGUUUCAGUACGUUUUUGAUGAUGUUUUUGAUGAGAUUUCUUUGUUUCUCCUGUAAGUCAUUUGGUAUUCAUUUUUCUGAACCUCACCUGAACAGCUUGAGUGAGACUGAAAUGCUGAUGAAGGCUUCCCUCAUGCAGUGAUUUACCCCAAACAUGCUCUGUGUCAUUGAUAAUUUCACUUUUUCCACCUGUUGCCUCUUCACUAUCUUUCCUCUCGUUUUCCCAAAACUUAGACACAUUUUUUUUCUGCAACUUUAGUUGAGCACACUCGAAAGCCUUGAACUGUGCAGGUCCUACCGUUUCUCUGUACUUUGAUUCUGUGAUGUGUGAAAGAAAACACAAACAAGCAUUUCACUGCACUAUACUGGUGCACAUGCAUGAACAACCGUACCAAGUUAAGGAUUAACAAACUGGGCUUUGGCUGUGAAAUGAGGUGAAAUCAGAAAUGUAGUGCCACAUUCAGAGGAUGCAUAUUAGAAGGACUAAGGCUGCUCUUAAGUUGGACAGCCAGUGAUGUUGGGAUCAUUGAGAAGGGCUCAGUUUUGAUGAGUGAUGUUUCAGUGUGUCACUGUGAUGAAGAUCCAUAAAUGCACCUCAGAGUGAUCAGCUACAAAACAAUGUGUUUCUCUUCUAGUAUUACAGAUUUGUAAACUGAUGCUGAUCACCAAAGACCUCAUGGAGGCAGAGCUGAGUGAAACAAGUUUGAAACAACAACAAACUAAUCUGCAUAGUGCUAAUCAUCCCAAAUACAUAAACAUCUGUGUAUCUACUCAACACUGUAACUGAAGCAACUGUAAGCAGCGCCAACAGGAUUGCACAGUUCCUGCUAUUGUCCAGCCUCACACCAGCUGUAGUUGUUACAUUCAAAGUAACAAAUUCUGCUCUUCUAGCCAAUUUCAAGUUUUAAGGAGAAAAAAAACUCAUUCAUAUAAAUUUCAUCAACAGAGACCAUCAGGCUUCUCACCAGCAGUGCAUACACAGAGGACAGAUCAACCUGUUUUUAUGAUUGACUACCAAUUCUCCACCUUCCAUUCAUUCGUCCAUUAUCUCUUAGUAUCCCUUUGUAGGACUUUACAAUGCUUUAAACGGUGAUGUUACAGCUACGCUGUCAGAACUGUCCUGCUCUCAAACUCUUCGUAGACAAAUUUCCAGGCUAAAAAGUUCAAGGCGCUAACCGUGAUCUGCAAACAACCAAUCACAAAACUUUGCCAGCAGUUAUCAUGGUUGCUGUCACUCACUGUAAAAUUAGAUUUCAUUGACUUUGAUUUAUUCAGAUGGUAUACUGUAUACAGAGAUUAUUUAUGAAAGAAAACAGAUUUUUUCAUAGACAGAGUUACUGGGAUUGGGGGCUUAGGUAGGCCUCAGUUGUGUUUUGGGGGGGCUUAAGCCCCUCCUCAUCCCUCCCUCCUCCCUGCCGCUGCUGCCUGUAAGGAAUGGGAUUUGAUUCAAGGUUCUUGGCUGUAUUUUUGUCAACCAAAGUGUGAUUUGUAUUUUCAGACAAGGACAAGGGGAGCACAAAUAAAGAGAAGGUGGGAGUCUUCAGAGUGAUGGAUGCCAAAGAUUCCUCAAAGAUAACAUUGACCUGAGAACAUGUAAACUACUCAGACCUUGGACCACCAUUCCCCUGGAUGAAAAAGCUGAAUCUGUGCACAGAUUGUAGAUGCUGAAGCUGUAUUUGACUGUUUUUUCUUCACUGCCUGAAUGCUCCGUGUGUGGAGUGUUUUCUCUGAGACUGUUCUUUCAAACUCCAACCUGCCAGUUAAACUAACAUCACAACAUUAUUCUUAUGUAAAGUGCUGAAAUGUCAGGUUUGUCUGGAGUCUGAAGGGAUGGAGAGUUAGAUAUCGAACUUUGAAGAUGUUUUUCAUAGAAAGCAUUAUUUCCUUACUGCUCACUCCAUGUGCUUUUGUCAUGCUCUUCCAUAUUUACUUUUACUAAAAUAAAACUGACUGCCUGUUA